AUGAAGCCGCUGUUUGCGCGAAGGGCAGAGAGAGGAGAGUACCGUUCUCUAGUGCAGGACAUCACUGAGGGAGACAAAGAAUUUUUCCAGACUUACAUGAGGAUGAAGAAGGAUACCUACCAUCAUUUGCUUCGGAUUAUCGAGAACGAUAUAACAAAAAAGGACACACGAUUCAGAAAAUCCAUUACAGCAGCUGAACGUCUGGCACUCACACUUCGUUUUCUUGGACACGGCGAUUCUCAAGCUAUUUUGAGCAUUGUAUACCGUAUAGGCAAAUCGACGGUUUGCAAAAUCAUCAACGAAACCACACAAGCUAUUUGGAGAGUUCUACAACCAGAGGAAAUGCCAGCACCUACGCUUGAGCGAUUCCGCAAGAGCGAAAACCAAUUUCGAAUGAGGUGGCACUUCCCGAAUUGCGUUGGCGCCAUAGAUGGCAAACACGUCCGCAUUACCUGCCCAAUUAACACCGGUUCCGAGUAUUACAACUACAAAGGGUUCUUCAGCAUCGUCUUGCUUGCAGUUGUAGAUAGUGAUUACAACUUCCUCAUGGUGGAUGUUGGGGGUUAUGGCUCUCAGAAUGAUGCGGGAGUAUUUCGUCAUUCUCAAUUUGUUCGGGCACUUUUCAAAGGCGAUUUGAAACUUCCGGAGUGCAAGCCAGUUGAAGAAAAUGGACCUCCUUUACCACAUGUAAUCGUUGGAGAUGAGGCUUUUCCACUAACCACGUUUCCUAUGCGUCCCUUCCCUGGAACAGAGUUGUCCGACGAAAGAGCUGUGUAUAACUAUAGAUUUUCUAGGGCAAGACGUAUUUCAGAGAAUGCCUUCGGAAUCCUUGUAAACAAGUGGAGGAUCUUUCAUCGACCGAUUCAAAUGAGCGUUGAAAAUGCCGUUCGAGCAGUCAAAGCUGCGUGUGUCCUCCACAAUUUCGUUCAUCAUUUGGAUGGACAUAAUCCUGCUAUGGAACAACAAGAUCAGCAGAGCACACAGACCGAUUAUUGCUUGCAUGCACUUCCCGGUUCCCGUGGAAAUAUAACUCAAAGAGCAAGAGAAAUUCAACUUGAAUUUGCAAAAUACUUUAUGACUACUGGAGCUGUUGAUUGGCAAAUGAAGUCAAUUGGUCGUGGCUAG